GGGGAGGCGAAGGGAAGGAGGCGGCUCCCGCGCUCGCCGGCCCGCGCCACCUGCCCCGCUCGCUCGCCCGCCGGUGUGUGUGUGUGUUGCGCUUCCCCUCCGCCGACAUGCUGCCGAGACUGGGCGGCCCCGCGCAGCCGCUGGUCUUGCCGUCGUUGCUGCUGCUGCUGCUGCUGCUGGGCGCGGGUGGCUGCGGCCCCGGGGUGCGCGCCGAGGUGCUGUUCCGUUGUCCGCCCUGCACCCCGGAGCGCCUGGCGGGUUGCGGACCCCCGCCGGUGCUCACGGUAUCCGGGGAAGCGGGCGAUGUCCUGGCGCCCUGCACCGAGCUGGUCCGCGAGCCGGGCUGCGGCUGCUGCUCCGUGUGCGCCCGGCUGGAGGGCGAGACGUGCGGGGUGUACACCCCGCGCUGCGCCCAGGGGCUGCGCUGCUACCCCAACCCCGGCUCCGAGCUGCCCCUGAAGUCGCUGGUCAACGGCGUGGGCACUUGCGAGAAGCUCCAGGACUCCAGCCCCAGCCGUGACCAGGUGGCAGAGAACGGCGAUGACCAUUCUGAGGGUGGCCUGGUGGAGAACCACGUGGAUGGGAACAUGAACAUGUUGGGAGGAGGGGGCAGUGCUGGCCGGAAGCCACUCAAGUCGGGCAUGAAGGAGCUGGCUGUGUUCCGGGAGAAGGUCACUGAGCAGCAUCGCCAGAUGGGCAAAGGUGGAAAACACCACCUUGGUCUGGAGGAGCCCAAGAAGCUUCGGCCCCCACCUGCCAGGACCCCUUGCCAGCAAGAACUGGACCAGGUCCUGGAGCGGAUCUCCACCAUGCGCCUUCCGGAUGACCGGGGUCCCCUGGAACACCUCUAUUCUCUGCAUAUCCCCAACUGUGACAAGCAUGGGCUCUACAAUCUCAAACAGUGCAAGAUGUCUCUGAACGGGCAGCGUGGGGAAUGCUGGUGCGUGAACCCCAACACUGGGAAGCUGAUCCAGGGAGCUCCCACUAUCCGAGGAGAUCCUGAGUGCCAUCUCUUCUACAAUGAGCAGCAAGAGGCUGGUGGGGCGCAUGCCCAACGGGUGCAGUAAACCAUCGCCCGCCAGUGCCUGGCUCCCCACCCCCAAACACCAGCAGAAAUCGAGGGUGCUUGGGCAGUGAGCGGGGAGGAUUUCCCAGGAGUUUUGACACAUGUAUUUAUAUUUGGAAAGAGACCAGCCCCGAGCCCGGCACCCCCCUGCUCCUCUUUCCCUGGCUGGCGAUGGUGUUUAGUGUCCCUUUUACUUGCCCCUGGGGAGAGAGAAGGUGUUACAGGGGGAGCCGGGGACAGGUUUGGGAGGGGGGGAAAAGAAAUUUUUAUUUUUGAACCCCUGCGUCUCUUUUGCUUAAGAUUAAAGGAAGGAAAAAUAA